UCCAAUUUUAAUUGUUUUAUUAAAUACUCUAUUAAUAGUAGUAAUUAGAACUAUUUACACGAUAACGAUGAAUAUUAUAAAUGAUGAUGACAUUGAAAAUUUCCUGCUUGAUAUACCUAGUGAUGGUGAAAGUUUCUCUGGUGUUUCUGAAUUAGAUGAUAGUGAUAAUGAUAAAACAUAUACUCCAAGUAACACUAUAUUACAUGACAUAUCAGCUAGUUCAAGUGAUUCAAAUGAUGAGGAGCGUUAUCAUAAUCAAUUACCUACACCCCCAGCUAACCCUAGAACCUCUAGAUCUUCUAAAACAAUUAGUAAGCCAAUCCAACAAGCAGUACCAUCAUUUGAACCUCCAUAUACACCUCCUUUAUGGGGAAAAUCAGAAUUAAUGCCUCCAGUUGAAUUAUUUUCUGACGAUUUGCCUUGUGGACUAGCUGAAAUUUUUGAAGAGCUUGAAGAUAAAUCACCAUAUAAUAUAUUUUGCCAAAUAUACAAUAUUCUAGUUCUCG